GUUAUUUUUAAAACCUCAACUAAAACCAUUUCUUGUCUAUUGUUAAAUCUAGCAAUGAUCAAGAUUUAUGUAUUUAAUUUAUUUGAUCAAAAUAUCAAUGUCUUUAUAAAUUUUCAAACCUUAAUCUUAAUACAAACGGAUGAUCUGUGUGUGAGCAAAAUACAUAUUGUUUUGAACGAUAAUCAUCAAAUAAUAAGUGUAGUUUCUGAAGAUCAGUUUGGCUUUAGAGUUUUUAUUGUUAUGUAAUGAAUCCAAUGAUGUCUCUUUUUUUCUUUCUUGGUUGUUCAGGCAGAUCUUCUUCUCGCUCUUCUACUCCUCGCUCUUCACCUCAACCUCGAGCUUCACCUGCAGCUACAUAUGUAUCAUCAUCCCCUGCACCUUCACCUGCACCUACACGCAGCUCAUCGCCUCGUACUGAAAGAUCUACUCCGCCUACAUAUAGGACUAGUAGCGAUGAUGAUUAUAAUCUGUUUGGAGGAAUAUUUCGAGGUAUGCGUAGCGAUGAUCAAGAUAGUAGCAAUGAUGGGGAUGGGGGUACUAGCCAUGGUGAAAGUUUAUUUGGGGACACGCUCUAUUGUGCCCACCACCCUCUGUGGUCUCUGAGCCUGUGGCAGGUCUUGUUAGUCCAUGUGACACUCAAUCCAAAGCUCUCCAAGAUUGCCUCAACGAUUUUGAUACAGACAUCAACAGGGCCGGCCCAUGGGUAAAGCCCAUGAAGCAAGGGCUUUAGACAUCAAAUAAUUAUAAGUAGUUUUAGGGGUAUUAAUUUUUAAAAUGUUACUGUGGUCUAGUGGUUAGAUUGAAUUUUUUUGUUGUACAGGUCACGGUUUCGAAUCCCAUACAUGUUAAAACUUGUAUUUUU